AUGAGGAGAGCCAACCAUCGACGAUUGGAGAAGCUAACCAGCGAACGCGCAGACGGAAGACUGGACGGUAUGACGCUGUACGUCGUCCACUUACUCUCCAUGCCUACGUACAGUGCCUGUGGCCGUUACCGGCCGGUGAAAGAGUGAGCUGUCGAUUGAGCAUAGCCAACCGUCGGCGGUUGGAGAAGCUAACCAUCGAAAGCGCAGAUGGAAGACUGGAAAGUUGGAGUCUGUGUACUUCGUCCACUUACUCUCCAUGCCUACCUACAGUGCCUGUGGCUGUUACCGGCCGGUCAAAGAGGGAGCUGUCGAUUGAGGAGAGCCAACCAUCGACGAUUGGAGAAUCUAACCAACGAACGCGCAGAUGGAAGACUGGAAAGUAUGAGUCUGUGUACUUCGUCCACUUACUCUCCAUGCCUACAUACAGUGCCUGUGUCCGUUACCGGCCGGUCAAAGAAGGAGCUGUCGAUUGAGGAGGACCAACCAUCGACGGAUGGAGAAACUAAUCAACGAAGGCGCAGACGGAAGACUGGAAAGUUGGAGUCUGUGUACUUCGUCCACUUACUCUCCAUGCCUACCUACAGUGCCUGUGGCCGUUACCGGCCGGCCAAAGAGGGAGCUGUCGAUUGAGGAGAGCCAACCAUCGGCGAUUGGAGAAACUAACCAACGAACGCGCAGACGGAAGACUGGAAGGUAAGACUGUGUACUUCGUCCACUUACUCUCCAUGCCUACCUACAGUGCCUGUGGCCGUUACCGGCCGGUCAAAGAAGGAGCUGUCGAAUGAGGAGAGCCAACCAUCGACGAUUGGAAAAAUUAACCAAGGAAGGCACAGACGGAAGACUGGAAGGUAAGACUCUGUACUUCGUCCACUUACUCUCCAUGCCUACUUGCAGUGGCUGUGGCCGUUACCGGCCGACCAAGGAGGGAGCUGUCGAUUGAGGAGAGCCAACCGUCCGCGGUUGGAGAAGCUAACCAACGAACGGGCAGACGGAAGACUGGAAGGUAAGACACUGUACUUCGUCCACUUACUCUCCAUGUCUACCUACAGUGCCUGUGGCUGCUACCGGCCGGUCAAAGAGGGAGCUGUCGAAUGAUGUGAGCCAACCAUCGACGAUUGGAGAAAUUAACCAAAGAAGGCACAGACGGAAGACUGGUAGGUAAGACUCUGUACUUCGUCCACUUACUCUCCAUGCCUACCUACAUUGCCUGUGGCCGUUACCGGCCGGUCAAAGAAGGAGCUGUCGAAUGAUGUGAGCCAACCAUCGACGAUUGGAGAAACUAACCAAUGAAGGCGCAGACGGAAGACUGGAGUGCAAGACUCUGUACUUCGUCCACUUACUCUCCAUGCCUACCAACAGUGCCUGUGGCCGUUACCGGCCGGUCAAAGAAGGAGCUGUCGAAUGAUGUGAGUCAACCAUCGACGAUUCGAGAAUCUAACCAACGAAUGCACAGACGGAAGACUGGAAGGUAAGGCUCUGUACUUCGUCCACUUACUCUCCAUGCCUACCUACAGUGCCUGUGGCUGUUACCGGCCGGUCAAAGAGGGAGCUGUCGAUUGA